GCGUGGUUUAUGUAGAGGCUACACUCCCAUACUUAUACUGUCGACAAUCUUAAGAAUAACCUAUUUGUCUCGGAGGCUCUGCUCCAAGAAACUACCUUAGGAUCCGCUGCCAACCUCAGAUCUAUAGUCCAGCUCUCAUAGAUAGUAGAGCCCAGGCCUGAUCGCACCGUUGCUAGUGAAGCACUUGACAUGGCUUGUUCACCGGGUCACGAUAGAGACUGCCGUUACCAUGUUAAGAAACCAAGAAACCAAGCAGCCCUGGCAGACUGGAUACCAAAGUUGUUUGUUUACCGCACUCGACGGGGGUCAUACGGAUGCUCUUUCCCUUUUGCUCUAUGGAGGUAGAUGUUGGAUGGGAUAGCCCAGGUUACUGUGGUCCAGCGAGCCCGGCACAAAAUGGCCACUUGAGACACCACUACGACACGGAUGGAUCACAAUUCCACCUACCUAAUAACCCAAACCGAGCCCCAACCAACUCCCCUGCCAGGCCGCUGCAAUCAGCACACCAAUGCGUGAGAUACAAGGGUCAACGGCACAAUACGCUGACCCAAGUCCAGGAAAGAGAGACAUCGGAAUGAUAAUCAACCCGGUUCCAAAAUAAUUAUCGGGGCGGAGGACGCAGGCGCAGCGGGGAAGUAAGGGCGGGAAUGCCCAGACCGGCGGAGUAUCUUAUCCUGGUCAGUGCAGGUAGUGCCGGGGGCGGAGUUGCGGCGUAGUAUGUUGGUUGGAUGCAAGGAGCAGUGUGUUGUUUCCAGUUCUGCAGGGAUGGGGAUGGGGUGGGGAUACGGAAUCGGGGGCACGAUGUUCUUCUUGUGAUGAGUGAGGAGGAAUAUCGUCUUCGUGAGGAGAUGGAUGGUGGUGAUGGUGAUAGCGGAAACUGAAGAUUGGAGAAUGCGGAGAGGAGGACGUGAGGGGGAGCUACUGCAGUGAAGGCUGAAGCAAAUCAAUGAGGGGAACAAGCAAUGCGUGUGGGGAAGACUGAGCCAGAAUCACGGGAGGCUUUCCGGUCCAGGGUCUCAGUUCCUCUCGCCCAGCACAUUUAUUCGCCGUUAU